GAGGGAGCAGGUGCACGCCGGCUAGACGGGUCCCCAGUACUGGAGCUCCAUCACCCAGCUUUACCCAGCCUCUCCCCUACUGGGGACCUCGAUCAGACAACCGGACUUGGCGGGCGUUAGACGAGGGGGCGAUGGACUCCCCAGGUCGGACAGUGAGAAAUCAGGCCCGGAGGCGGCUCCGGGGUUGGGAUGGGUAAAGGAGCUAAAGGAGCUUCGGGCCUGUGUUUACGAACCCACGAAAGGAGGUUUUAAAUCAGCUUUAUUUUAAAAAUAGGAGCACACAUAGGCUACCUAAGGGAAUUCCGAGUUGCGUCACUCUAGGAUAUGAGACCUUAGUUCAGAAGUUCAGAAGACAGUAGGAUCUCUUGCCGACACAUUUGCCUACUCACCAUGAGGUUAGGAAAGCCCAAAGGGGGUAUUUCUCGAAGCGCCAGCCAAGGAAAAGCCUAUGAGAGCAAGCGCAAGACAGCCCGCCAGCGACAGAAAUGGGGGGUGGCCAUUCGCUUCGACUCGGGCUUGAGUCGACGGAGAAGGAACGUGGACGAGAAGCCUUACAAGUGUGCUAAAUGCUCCAAGAGUUUCAGUCAGAGCUCCACGCUCUUUCAGCACAAGAAGAUCCAUACUGGGAAGAAAUCCCAUAAAUGUGCCGAUUGUGGGAAAAGUUUCUUUCAGAGUUCUAACCUCAUCCAGCACCGGCGGAUCCACACGGGGGAAAAGCCCUAUAAGUGUGACGAGUGUGGAGAGAGAUUCAAGCAGAGCUCCAAUCUCAUCCAGCACCAGAGGAUCCACACCGGCGAGAAGCCCUACUGCUGUGAUGAGUGUGGCCGGUGCUUUAGCCAGAGUUCCCACCUCAUUCAGCACCAGAGAACCCACACCGGAGAGAAGCCCUACCAGUGUGAGGAGUGUGACAAGUGCUUCAGCCAGAGCUCCCAUCUGAGGCAGCACAUGAAGGUGCACAAAGAAAAGAAGCCACAUAAGAGGGGCAAAAAUGCCAGGGUGAAAACUCACCCGGUGUCCUGGAAAAGGGGCAAAGGGAGGAAGGCGGUGGCUGGGAUCCGCCAGGUAAAGGGAGCCACUUCCGGCCUUUUUAAAAAGAAGAAGUGAAAGGUAGAGGAGAAAGCCGCUCCGAAGAGUGGAUGCUUUACAGUAGAGCACUUAGAUACCGCUCCUCCCUAGCAUGGAGACUUCAGGAGUUUCAUGACAGUGCGCUGAAACUCUGAGUCUAGCUGCCCUCAUUUCCUUUAAAAAUAAAUAAAUUUAUGUGACAUGGAGCAGAAAGAACUGAAACAAUAGUUUGGUAAGAAUUUAAUAUUCUUAGCCUCAGUUGAAAUCGCUUCCCUCCAUUUUGAUAAAAAGAAUCAUGUUUUCAUGAUCCACUGGCGUGCCAAUGAUUACUCUUAUUUUUCGGAAUUUCUGUAUACGAAAUCAUUAAAGAAAGAAGGAAUGGGUUUUCAGAUUCUAGGAUCGACUACAUUUUAUGUUUUUAAUGUUUUGUAGUUUAUUAACCAUUAGUAUCAGCAUUGACUCAGUAUUUGACAUAGUAAAAUGCAUUCAGAUUCAUAGAUUUUGGUUUUUAUUAGUGUAUAUUGUACGAAGUAAUGAGCUUCCUUUUCUCCAAUGUGUAUGAGGUAUCUGUAUGAUGUGCUUUGCUCACACCCACCGUUACCCUCGCCCACCUCCUCCUGGUUCUCCUUUUAUCCCAGAGAGUUCCCCUCCACUUAAAAUGUUGCCCCUAGCGUCUGUGAAUGACAGACAGUGUGUUUGGUUAUUUUUCUGCAUCCACUUUCCUGUGCCUACUGUAAUGUUCUCUAGUUCAAUCCAUUCUCCAAGCAACAGGACUGUGGCUUUUCUUUUUCGUCUCACAGUCUAUUGUAGUGUUUGAAGGCUUUAGCGACAACCCGCUUUUGUUUGUUUCUUUCCUUCUGCUAUGUUAGUAAAGGGUGAGAAGGUCUCCAUGUGGCUUUUCUUUUGUUUUUGUACUUUUUUGUUUCUUACCAUAUUCUUAGAGAUGUAAAGGAAUCCAAAGUGAGAAACUGCAGACCUCCUGCUCCUGACCGCACUUCUUGAGAUGCUGAUGCUGUCACUGCUCUGUCACUUGCUUUCUUGAAAUGGGAAUGGUUUGUGUUGAAUCAUGCCAGUGGCCUCACAGCGUCUACAUGAAUAAACUCUGUUACCAGGAAACCUCGACUUACUUCCGGCUGAAGAACUACAAUGUCAUAGACUGAGCUUUGAAUACCACCGACUAUCUAAAACAGAUGUUUAUCUACAAGUUACUGGCCAGCACACUGUAGCCCUGUUAGAACUUAACUUUUUUUCUUUUUUACUUUCUAGCAAUUGUUUAAGAAGACUAGCAUACAUCCUUCUUCCAAUGCCAAGCAUAUGUUCCUGAUCAGCCUUCAGUUCAUUUUUGUUUAUUGAAUGCUAAUGUUUUCUGAUUUUUAUAAUAUCAGUUCUUCCUGUAUUAAUGACAAUUAUCCUUAAAAAUAAAGAUUAAGAUAUUUUCGCAUACUACUAUCUAUUUUACUUCUGGGAAAUUGUUUGCAGUGAGUUAAAAAACUGGUCACAGCUUUCAGGAGACUUGUUCUGCUCUUUGUGAUUUUUCUCAGAUCUGAACUUUACCUCCCUCCUACAACCACCACCACCCCACCACCCACGUUUUAAUGGAGAGCCAUAGCGUGUGGCCUAUUGACAAUAGUUACAUCCAACAGAGUAUCCAAAGUGUCUUAUAAGGCUAUUGCAGACAUCUGUUAUGAAAGACUUGAUCCUUGACAUCCUGUUGUAGCCAAAUCUCUAUAGCAGGGAUGCAUCCAUGAGGCCCUAGUGAGCAUGUGUCAGUCUCUGAUUUGUGUGAGAUAGCUUCUUGGAGAGGAGGAGGGGACACAGGACUAAUCCCAUUUUCUUAAGUCCUGUGAAUUGCCCAUUCUGGUGACAACCACAGUAAGGCCUCUCUAGUAGUUUUGAUAGCUUGCACUCUUAUCUAAUAGAUCCACCUGUGUUUCUUAUUAAAAUAGAACACAUUCUUCAGGUUUUUUGUUUGUUUGUUUGUUUGGGUUUUUUUGUUUUUUUUUUUUUGUUUUUUUUGUUUUUUUUUUUUGAGACAGGGUUUCUCUGUAUAGCCCUGGCUGUCCUGGAACUCACUUUGUAGAACAAGCUGGCCUCGAACUCAGAAAUCCACCUGUCUCUGCCUCCCAAGUGCUGGGAUUAAAGGCGUGUGCCACCACCACACGGCCAUUCUUCAGGUUUUAAUGUUUGUUUUGUAUGUGUUCUGAAAACCUGGAGGCUGACAGGCAUCAAAGACACUGAUCUGUGGGAGGCUUCUAUGGUGACCAGUGUACUUUGUGUUCCAUUUUAGAAACGUCAAUAAAACUCAGAGAUCGAUCACAAGUGUAUAAAAUUAAUAAAUAUACUGUU